AUGUGUGGCCAUUCUGCGACGCCCGGCACCGAAGCUGUGAGACCUGAAACCACCACCUCCUUCGCCCAGUCUGAAUUGCGAGCCUACGUCCCCAGUGCAACCAUCUGUGUUGCUGCUUUCGAUCUCGUGACAUCCGCCCUGCCGCUGUCGAUUGUGCACCAUUGCUUGCGCGUCUACCUGUUCGCCAAGUGGCUCGCCGAGAAGGAGGCGAAGGAAUGGGUGGACAGUGAGUUGCUGUUUGUGGCAUGCAUCUGCCACGAUCUUGGUGCUUCUCACCGAUACAACGGAUCACAGCGAUUCGAGGUCGAAGGCGCAGAUGCUGCAGCACAGCUUUUGCGCGGUUAUGGAAGGCCAGAAUCAGAGGCGCACGAGGUUUGGACUGCUAUAGCUUUACACACUUCGCCUGGAAUAGCCGAACGCAUCGCACCCUUGGCCCGACUGGUGAGAAUGGGGGUCUUAUUCGAUUUUCGGCCUGCCACACGAGAGGCUUUAGGCGCCGUAGCCUAUGCGAAGACUGUCGAAGCGACGCUACCCAGACUCGAGAUUGAGCAAGUCCUCGGGGAUGCUGUUGUUCAGCAAGCCGUCCAAAAUCCACAGAAAGCUCCAGCUGCUUCCUGGCCGAACAACCUCUUUAAGUCCUAUCUCGAGAAUCCGGAGUGGAAGGGGAUCAACCGCGUCUUUUAG